AUGCCGACUGCUCUAUCCAAACCACAGCAUUAUGAAAGCAUCGCAAAGAAGUACUCGGAAAUUAAUGAACUACAAGUUCAAUGGAGUAAAGAACUAGCGGGAAGUGCUGGGAUAAAGCCCGGCGAUAGAGUGCUUGACAUGGGCUGUGGAACAGGAGAACUCACUUCAUAUCUUGCGAACCUAGUUGGCAAAGAUGGUGAAGUAGUUGCUGUGGAUCCAGACUUCGAAAGAAUCAAAGUUGCCUGCGAGAAACACCCGCUCGAGAACAUCAUAUUCGAAAAUGGGGAAAGUUCAAGUGAAUUUCCACAUUACGAUAAACAAUACUUUGAUAUACACUUUUAAUUAAAUUAAAAUUUAAGUAACUUCGUCUUUCAAUGGCUGAAUAACCAAGAAAAGAAAAUCUUCGUCCAGACUGCGUUUAAUUGUCUCAAACCUGGCGGAAUGAUAGCAAUUCAAAGUCAUGAUAAAGAACCUGAAAUUGUGAAGGAAUUUACCAAACAACUAGUCCCAAACAAUAUCGAGAACAAUCAGCCAACAGUGCACCUUCUCGAGAAAGCAGACGCAGAAGAAUUGUUACGAAAUAGUGGUUUCGUCAUUCUAUCCAGCAAAUACAGUUUCAUGGCCCACAAAUUCCAAAACAUCGCAGAGUUUUCCAGUUGGGUUUAUGCCUCGGAUUACUGGGAUGUAAGUAAAUUGUCAACUCAAAACAUGACGAAUUUUGCCAGCAG